GAGCGGCCGCAUCUUCGGCACCGGCGUGCGUCGUCAAAGUGGCGGUUUUCAGCACCGGGCGUUUGUUUGGCGGUUGUGGCAGGCGUCUAGCUAUGGAGAGCACGGGGUUCUUGGAUAUGGACGUUCGCGGGCGCGGGCAGGGUCUUCGAGAUGACGAAAUCGAGGCGGUGGCGAUGGCCGUGACUGCCGUCGUCGUGAACACGAUGCGCGGUGACCCGUCCUCGUCACGCGACGCGCUGGUGGAGCUCCGGAAACGACAAGCGCUGUUGCAGCGCAUUGGCGAAGCGCCAGAUUGCGUGGCCACGUGUCAGGCAGUCAUCCAGUUGUGCGCCGUGCUGUCUUCUGGCGUUUUACCGCGGGAGAUUCCGCGCUGGUGGAUUAAUCGAUGGACUGGCGGAACAUGGGAGGACCUCCGCCUGUGUGACGACGCGACGGACGAGUACUACCGCCAAAAGUUGCGCAUGUCGAUGGCCAUGUUCAGGCAGAUCGUGGCCGCGUGCGCCGCAUACGUGGACAAGAAGGUGACGCACUAUAGGAUGCCAUUGCCGGUGGAGCAGGUCAUCGCGUUCGCGCUGUACAGGUGGGCGUCAGGAGAGACGUACGAGAGCGGCACUUCUGCCUUCGGCAUCGGGAGAGCAACUGGACUGCAGGCCAUCUGCGACGUCACUUCGGCACUGCUGCAGGCGUACCCAGACGCGAUAAAGUGGCUAGCGUAUGGAGGAAUCGACCAAGGUCCUGAGGAGGAGCGGUUUGACACGCGGCAGAAGGUGGCGCGGGGGUGUGUGGAGAGAGCUUUCGGGCGGCUGAAGUGCAUGUGGCGUCUUUUCUUGCGCACCCACAAGACGAACCUGGAUACCUUGCCGCAGCAAUUCGUGGCAGUGUGCACUCUGCACAACAUCCUCCUAGACACCGGGAUCGACUUCGAUGAAAACCUGUUGUGGGAGGUGGAUGAGAAUGGUGUGCGCCGGAGAGUGGACUUGGGCAUUGUGGGGAACGGCGCGGGCGAGCAGCAAUGUUACACGAACGUCGACGGGGACUUGUUGCGUGACGCUCUUCGAGACCGGCUGGCUUUGAUGUAGGAGCACUUAGACGCGUGGUGGGGGUUUGGUGCGUGUGUGUGUAGGGCGUGUGUGUGUCGGGGGUGUCAGGAUUGCGGACGUGG